AUGCACGGCUGCCGCAAGCGAAACAUCGUUAUAAAUGUACGAUGUAUAAACAUUCGUAAAUUUAAGCAGUGCACUGUCAAAAAACAUUUUAUAAAUAAGUCAUUUGCACAGAGCAGUUUUAGUGGCACAACCAAUUCUUCCCCCAUGUCCUUCAACCAUCUCGUCAAGCAGAUCAAAAAGAAAAAUAACGACCUCAAAUUCAUAGUGGUAGGCCUUGACAACUCGGGAAAGACCACCAUAAUAAACAGCCUCCUACGGAUAAGCGCCACAUCAUCGCCAACAUUCGGAUACACAAUUUACAGGAACGUGUACAAGGGAGCAAACCUGACCCUGCUCGACAUAGGCGGCCAAGAAGCACUCAGAAAGUACUGGUCAAAUUUUUAUGAGGACACGGAUGGCGUAAUCUUUGUGUUCGACCUGUUCGAUGCACGUGACUUUGCAGGUGAGUUUAAUAAAAUCCGAGAAACGCUUGCCGGCUAUCCUGUGCUGAUGUAUGGCAACAAAAUGGACAUUGACUGGGAGCGCGGACGAAAGAUUGUUGGGAGGGUUGGACGUGAAGUGUGUGAUGGGGAGGUAAAGUGCUGCGGUGUUAGCGGAAAAAUGGGUGUUGGGUUGGAGGAAGGAAUGGACUGGCUGGUGAGUGUUGCCAAGUUGAAUCUUGCUAAAGAAAUUCUGUGAUGAUGAUCUGUGGGUGUGAGUGCACCAAAAUAACGGGUGCAAUUGUCCAAGAGGUUGCUCGUGGCAGUGGCUGCAAAGUGGCGUACCUCUGGAGAAAGCGAGGAAUGGUGAUUUGCAUGUAUGGACCGUGUCCACGAUAGCAAACAUGCUCGUUGUGAAAGGGCCGUUGCUGCAUCAAACCGAAGAUGCUCCGAGCUGGUGGCAAUUACAUUUUAGUAAAGUAGCGUGGCAGCAUUUGAUUUUCAAG